ACUCCCAUCUUAUACCAUGUCUAACGUAUUCUUCGACAUCGCCAUCGACAACCAGCCCGCUGGUAAGAUCGUCUUCAAGCUCUACGACGAUGUAGUGCCCAAGACCGCCAGAAACUUCCGCGAGCUCGCCACCGGCCAACACGGAUACGGUUAUAAAGACUCCACCUUCCACCGUGUCAUCCCUCAGUUCAUGCUCCAAGGAGGUGACUUCACCAAAGGCAACGGUACUGGUGGAAAGUCCAUUUAUGGCGAGAAGUUCGCUGAUGAGAAUUUCCAGAUUAAGCACACGAAGCCUGGUCUCCUCUCCAUGGCUAACGCCGGCGCCAAUACCAAUGGCUCUCAGUUCUUUAUCACCACUGUUGUUACGUCAUGGCUCGAUGGCAAGCACGUCGUCUUCGGUGAAGUCGUUCAGGGCUUGGAUCUUGUCAAGAAAAUUGAGUCCUACGGCUCCUCUUCCGGAAAGACGAACAAGGUGAUCAAGAUCAUCAACUCUGGUACCGUUUAG